GUCGAUGCAAAUGCAUCAGCAUGUGUGUAUGCAUUAAUGUAUUACCGGUUGAAUAUGUGACAUGUCACUUUCGAGUAGUCUUGUAUCUUAACCAGAUUGAAAUAUUAUUAAAUGUGAAAAUGAUUAAACUAACGCAGGACAUCGAUCUGGAAAAUUAUACGCUCAUUUUGCCGUCGGUGGCGGUCGGCAACGUCGGGCAGUUGGCUGUUGAUUUGCUAAUUUCAAAUCUUAACCUUUCCAAGAUCGGUCAAAUUUUUAGCGCAUCAUUCAUACCUGUUGUCGGCGCGAAUGCCUAUCACGAACAUUCAAACGAACUUAUCACGGCGAUCGACAUUUACGCAGGGACCAAGGAACGCAUCGUCGUUAUACAGAUCCGUUCGCCGUAUGUGGACGAUCUUACAGAAUUUUUCAGCGAACUGGCACAAUUUGUCACCGAGAGAAAAAUAGCUAAAGUAAUAAUUCUUGCGAGCAGUCACGAUUACAUAAAGAGGGAAGUCCAACCACAACAUCUUAAAUUAAGAUAUGUUGCGUCUGAUGGUAUACGUGCUAAAGUUGGCAAGCUGUUUGACGACCUUAACUGGAUUCCGCAUAAGCCGAGAGUCGUGUCCGAGGUGACCGGAGAGGAAAGAUUGCAGAUACCAGGAGGUGGAUUUGCCAAGAGCCUUUUCAACUUUUUUUCCAACGCUGAUAUUUCUUGUGCUGUUUUGUUCAAAUUUUGUUCUGAGGGCGAUAAUAUAGAGGAUGCGAUAAUACUAGUGCGCUACUUAAAUCAAUGGAUAUGUGUAUUAGAAAUAAGCGAUAGUAAUAAUUUGAAAUAUCCGCCGUCUUGGAAACACUUAUUUGGAAAGCCACCGGCACAGGAUCUAUAUUGAAUAUAUCUGGAUAAAUUUUAUACUGUUCUGUUAAUUUUAGAAUAAUAAUAUUUUUACUAUACAAGCAUCUGAAUUUAACAUAUUACACAUUUGCUACAACAUUAAGAUAUGACUAAAAAAAAAACAAAAAAACAAUAAUGUUCAUUUCUACUGUUGAUUAACUUUGAUUUUGGUUAAAUUGCUCUUUACUUUUUUUUAAUUCCUAGAAUGAGAAAAAGAUGAAGAGUAACAAUAAUUAAUAUAAGAUAGUGAUAUAUGAAUAUCUUGAGAUAUAUAUGUACAAAUUAAAAUCAAGGAAAAACCAACAAAUGGCUGAGAUAAUAUUUUCUUAGUAUAUUAAAUGUUUUGCAGUAUUC